UUUGUCAACCAGUGCAGAGAAGACACUCCCUGUUCCUUAUUUUUGAUUAAAUUCAUUUUUUCUGGUAAAUUAUGUGCACAAUCGAGUGAUUUUUGACAACGGUGGAACAUGAUCAACUAUCGCUAGUAUUUGACGUGUCGCGUUGCUUGUCCAAUAAACAUGUCUACAAUGUCAAGGUCAGUCCACAUCAGCCAGCAGAAGCUGGCGGAGAAGCUCAUAAUCCUCAACGACCGCGGCAUUGGUAUGCUCACACGGAUCUACAACAUUAAGAAAGCCUGUGGAGAUGCUAAAUCCAAACCAGCAUUCCUGUCAGAUAAAACUCUUGAAUCAUCAAUCAAACACAUUGUCCGAAGAUUCCCCAAUAUUGACGUGAAGGGCCUUCAAGCCAUUUCCCACAUUAGGAAUGACAUAAUCAAGUCUCUCUCAUUGUACUAUUACACCUUUGUAGAUCUUUUAGAUUUUAAAGAUAAUGUUAGUGAUCUACUCAAUAUAAUGGCGGCGUGUCAAGUUACGCUUGACUUGACUCUCAACUUCGAGCUGACAAAGAAUUACCUUGACUUAGUCACGACUUACGUAUCCUUGAUGAUCUUGCUCUCUCGCGUAGAAGACCGCAAAGCAGUUUUGGGUCUUUUCAAUGCCGCGCAUGAAAUGGUCCAUAACCAAAUAGAUGCCAGUUUCCCUCGUUUAGGACAACUGAUUGUUGACUAUGACGCUCCAUUAAAAAAGUUGUCUGAGGAAUUUGCCCCCCAUCAAAAGAUAUUAGCCAGUGCCUUAAACUCUUUGUGGCAUGUGUAUCCAGCGAGAAAUAUGACUGCAGAACACUGGAGAUCGGAGCAGAAGUUGAGUUUAGUUAGCAAUCCGGCGCAGCUCCUUAAACCGUCGGAAACGAACACGAUGUCUUGUGAGUAUGUAUCAUUGGAAUCCUUGGAGAGAUGGGUCAUAUUCGGUUUUGCGCUCUGUCAUCAAAUGCUGUCGCAAGAUCAUGCCAAUAAGAUGUGGGUAAGUGCCUUGGAGUCUGGUUGGGUUCUAGCAUUAUUUCGUGAUGAAGUGAUCUACAUUCACAGUUACAUUCAAAGUUUUUUUGAUGGCAUAAAAAGCUAUGGGAAAAGGGUAUCUGAAGUGAAAGAUUGCUAUCACCAUGCCGUGCAGAAAGCAGGAUAUAAGCACAGAGAAAGGCGAAAGUUCUUACGGACAGCUCUAAAGGAAUUAGGUCUCAUCUUGACUGAUCAGCCUGGUCUGUUGGGUCCGAAAGCCCUGUUAAUAUUUAUUGGACUGUGCUAUGCUCGAGACGAAGUGUUCUGGCUGUUGCGCCACAACGACAAUCCACCGCAAAAAGUGAAAGGCAAGGCUGCCGAAGACUUGGUAGACCGUCAGCUCCCAGAGCUACUAUUCCACAUGGAAGAGUUAAGAGCGUUGGUUCGAAAAUACAGCCAAGUUAUGCAGCGAUACUAUGUCCAGUAUCUGUCUGGAUUUGAUGCUGUGGCUUUGAAUCUAAUGAUACAAAAUCUCCAAGUGUGUCCAGAAGAUGAAAGUAUUAUACUGUCAUCUCUGUGCAAUACUGCUGCCAAUAUGAAUGUAAAGCAGGUUGAAGAUAACGAACUCUUUGAUUUCCGAGCUUUCCGAUUAGAUUGGUUCAGAUUGCAGGCUUACACUUCGAUUGCUAAAACUCCUUUAAAUCUGGUUGAUCAUAGAGAACUAGCGCAAUUCAUAGACAAAAUGGUUUUCCAUACUAAAAUGGUUGACAAUCUGGAUGAAAUAAUGGUCGAAACAUCUGAUUUAUCCCUGUUCUGUUUUUACAGUAAGAUAUUCGAGAGCCAAUUCCACAUGUGCCUCGAAUUCCCUGCCCAGAACAGGUAUAUUAUUGCAUUCCCCUUGAUUUGUAGUCACUUCCAGAACUGCACGCAUGAGUUAUGCCCUGAAGAAAGACAUCAUAUUCGAGAACGCAGUUUAUCGGUGGUAAAUAUAUACCUAGAUGAGAUGGCAAAGGAGGCAAAAAACAUUAUUACAACGAUCUGUGACGAGCAAUGCACAAUGAGCGACAAGUUGCUUCCAAAACACUGCGCACAAACAAUUGCCCAUUUGGCAAACAGAAAAAAGAAAGACAAAAAUAAGAAAAACACGAUUGAAAUUGUUAAACCUGGAGCAGAGAGUUAUAGGAAGACUAGAGAGGAAUUGACUACCAUGGACAAGCUGCACAUGGCGCUAACAGAACUUUGCUUUGCUAUCAACUACUGCACUACGGUUAAUGUUUGGGAAUACACAUUCGCUCCCCGGGAGUACCUUCACCAGCAUUUAGAGAACAGAUUCUCGAAGGCGUUGGUUGGAAUGGUCAUGUUCAACCAAGACACCAGUGAAAUUGCGAAGCCGUCAGAGCUACUAGUUAGCGUCAAGGCAUACAUGAACGUAUUACAAAGCGUCGAGAAUUACGUGCACAUCGAUAUUACAAGAGUGUUCAACAACUGCCUGCUGCAACAGACACAAAAUAUGGAUAGCCACGGGGAGAAGACGAUUGCUUCGUUAUAUACGCAGUGGUAUUCUGAAAUCUUACUAAGAAGAGUAAGUGCCGGGAGCAUCUGUUUUUCGAUGAACCAGAAGGCGUUUGUCAGCCUGACCGCAGAAGGGGCCAUUCCCUUCAAUGCUGAAGAAUAUUCCGAUAUUAAUGAACUGAGAGCCCUGGCUGAACUCAUCGGGCCGUACGGCAUGAAGUUACUGAGCGAAACCUUGAUGUGGCACAUAGCGAGCCAAGUUCAGGAGCUGAAGAAACUUGUAGUCCAGAACAAAGAAGUACUUCAGAUGCUUAGAACAAACUUUGAUAAACCGGAAAUAAUGAGAGAACAGUUCAGAAGGCUGCAACAUGUGGACAAUGUUUUGCAAAGGAUGACAAUAAUUGGCGUAAUUUUGAGCUUCCGCCAGGUGGCACAAGAAUCGUUGCUUGAUGUAUUGGAACGGCGAAUUCCCUUCCUGAUAAGUUCUAUUAAAGACUUCCAGCAACAGCUGCCUAGUGGCGACCCUAUGAGGGUGAUAUCGGAGAUGUGUUCCGCCGCGGGGUUGUCCUGCAAAGUGGACCCUACUCUAGCGUCUGCGCUGCGGCAGAACAAAGCCGAGCAGGAAGAGGAGGAACACCUAGUGGUGUGUCUGCUGAUGGUGUUCGUGGCCGUGUCGCUUCCGAGACUUGCGCGCAGUGAGGGAUCCUUCUAUAGACCAUCUCUCGAAGGCCACGCGAACAACAUUCACUGCAUGGCACCCGCGAUCAAUCACAUAUUUGGAGCAUUGUUUACCAUAUGUGGCCAAGGCGAUAUUGAGGAUCGCAUGAAGGAAUUUCUAGCUCUUGCAUCUUCGUCCCUAUUACGUCUCGGGCAGGAAACAGACAAAGAAGCCAUCAAAAAUCGUGAAUCCGUUUACUUGCUGCUCGAUCUCAUAGUACAGGAGUCACCAUUCCUGACUAUGGAUUUGUUGGAGUCUUGCUUCCCAUAUGUGCUGAUACGUAAUGCUUAUCAUGAGGUUUACAAGCAAGAACAAGUGCUUUUGCAUUCGUAAAAAUAUUUGUGAGGCAAUAAACAUAUUAAAGACAUUUUGUAAAUUGAGCAUUCGAUUUAAUAAAAUGCGUAAAUUUUUUAUACUUUAUUGUUGUAGACAAAUUUUAACAUUAUUAUUAAUAUAAUUUAUGAAAUCCCGCCUUUUAAUGCAUGGAAAUCUUACCAAAAAAGAGGUGUUGCCUUACAUCAAAUGAGGUAGUUCUGUUUUUUAUAUAUGUUAUUAGUGAUGACAAAUCCAAGUUUUCCACCUCGAAAGCCCUUCGGAUCAUUGUGUGUAUAAUAUACAGUACAGUGAGGGAACUUGUUAUAACUCGCAUUUCUUGUACAUCUUUGAUGGAUUACGCUUGUCCUCUGAAUCCACAGCCCUUUUUUUGCACCCAGCGUAUGUGGUAGCAUUUCUUCGUCAACCUGAUCAGGCAGGUCGAAAUCGUCAUUUGAUGGUGGAUCAUCAAUGAAUGGUUUUUCAAUGUCGGCACACAUUGCUGUAGUUGCAAACGGCUGAGCAUUUGAGUCCUGCUUCCCUGCAACCACAACUGCUCGUACAACCUUUUUUGCAGUUACAGUUAGUUCAAUAUUUAUGAUUAUACCUUUGAGAAACCGUAGAAACUAUUUGGGUCACUAAGACUAUUAAGACUAUAUUGUCAAUUAAUUGCAAAUAUCAUCUUCUUGAAAGUGUGCAGUGACUUUUGCCGUAACCCGGUUCUCGGUGUUUUUUUUUUUGUACAAAAACUGAAAAAGUCCUAAAUUUUAAUGGAUUUUUAUGUACUUUACAAUGAUCCCAAGGGCUCUCGAGGAAGAAAACUUGGAUUUGUUAUUACCAUUUCAUGACUACCAACAUAUUAAAAAAACAGAAAUACCACAUUUGAUGUUAGGUAAAAUGUACCAAUUCCAUGGACUAUUUGUUGCACUUAUAAAAUUUUGCGGAGUUUUUUCAGUUUCUCCAUUUUAGACCUAUAAGGCUAUGCAUUUAUUUGCUUCGGUAGAGAUUUUGCAUUUGAUUGUCAUAUGAAAGAGAUCCUUGAAUGAUUGGUUAUGUACAACUCUUCUAUAUAAGGCUAUAGCCACUGAAUUCUAACUGCAUUCUUUGUUAAAUGUGACGUCACAAUUAAAUGAUGUAUUCGUCAUCAGAUGCGAUAAUAAACGUUAGGUACUACUUAUUCCACAAUACCUACAUUCUGUUAUAAAGACUGGUUUAAAUAUUCCUGUCGUGUUUGUAAUUAUAAAUAAGAAAUACUUUAUUAUUUAAGCUGUUAGAUAUAAAGUAAGAGAUUCAAUUUAUUAUGUUAUUUGCUAUGCUUAUUUAAGUUGAAUAAACUGCCCGCCUUGGUCGUCGUACGAAAAGUAUGAACAACUUCAAAUGUCAUACUAAGUAAUGAAUUAGAUGAAAAUAGAUUCGGGAUGGCCUCUGCCAUGGAAUUGAAUAUUUUUACUGAUAAAAGUGUCAAUGAAGCAUUUUUCAAAAGCUUUUAUAUUUAUAUCUUUUUAAGCUAACUUAUUUACUCGGGUGCGUUUGUGCUAGGUCGUCUGUCGCCGCCAGUUUAGAACGUUGGUAAAACAAUCUUGGUAUACUAGGGCUAAGAUGGUCGGUUUAUUAUCAUCUGUCAUCAAUCAUCAUGCCUGUCUCGUUCUAACAAAUAUAUAAGUGCGAAAGUGACGCAUGACAUGACAAGUGAUAAAAAUACGACCGUGAUACCGCCGCUGAACAAAACUACUAUGAAUCCUUUGUUGGCUAAUAUAAAUGGCAAUCAAAAAUAGUAUGCAGUCCAGUAUCCUUACCUUCCAGGAAUACAAUAGAAGUCUUGUUAUUUUUUUUUGUAUUACCCAUUAGCCUAUUCUGCCCAUUGCAUUUUUAGGUACCGGUCGAAAGUGGCAAUUGACAGCUCAAGAAAAUUAAUAAAUUCAGGAGAAAUAAUUCGUUUAUAUGUGGAAAUUGGUAUAGUUAUACCUUGUGGUCUCCAGAUAAACAUACCAAAAGUCCUUAAGGGUGGGGUUUGUGCUGAGGGUGUAAGGGGGGGUUGAAGGUACUUUUUUUUCAGAUUUUUGCUCAUAUCUUGAAUAUCUAUCUGUACAAAUAGCAUUAUAAUUAUAAUUACUUCGGACAAAAGUUUUAAUAUAAAAUUUCCAACAAAUUUGUUUUUUUUUUUUAUUCUACGAUCAAUACAGGCUGUUUAAGUUAACAAAGAGACAAAAAAGACGAAUUAAGAAAACGUCGUUUUUUCGUUUGUUCAUCAUAACCCAAUUUUUAACCGACUUCAAGAUUUCAAAAGAGGAGGUUAUCAAUUCGGUUGUUUUUUUUUUGUUUGUUACUUCAUAACUCCGUCAUUUCUGAACCGAUUUUGAAAAUUACUUUUUUGUUUGAAUUUAUAUAUAUAUAUAUAUAUAUAUAUAAAGAUUGGUCCCGUUUUUGUCAAAACUCAGUUCUGAUGAUGGAAUCCAUGAGGAAUCGAGGGAACUCUUCAAAUGUGAAAGGCAUACAUAUAGUGAUUUUUGUAUUUUCUGUAACAAAUCAAGCAUUUACAUUUAAAAAAGUGACAUUUGAUGAAGUGGAACUGCUGAUAAAACAUAUUUUAUUUUUUCUUUCAGAGCGAUUAUUUCCGAAAAUGUUUUAAGUAAAGCCCGACCAGAAAUAUAUGAUCAUUGUCAAGAGGGCGAUGUUAUUCUCAUGUAUAGGGUAACUUACACCCUCAGCACAACCCCCACCCUCGAGGACUUUUAGUAUGUUUAUCUGGAGACCACAAGGUAUAAGUAUACCAAUUUUCAAAACUACACGAAUUAUUUCCCCUGAUUGUCCAUAUUCGGGUUAAUUUUCUUAAGCUAGUAGUGUAAACGCACCUUUACUCUUUUCCGCAAGUAACGAGGAGUCUUUAAGUGUUUAUUUAUCUACAAAAUACGUAGCGACUGAUAGUACAAUCUUAAAAGAAAAUCAUUAAAACAUAAUCAUGUCAUGCCUGUGACUUGAAUACUGUAUUACUUAUGUAAUUUAAAUACUGUAUUUAUUCGAGUGCUUGGCUCGGUUCUAUGUAUAAGUAAAAUGAUGUUCGGACUGCGUCCUAGAAUCCGCAAUGUAUGUUAGGUUUAGUGUAAAUCCAUACACACUAUACAGUUUUAUACCCAGCGUGUAAAUACAUUAUACUUACAUAUUAUUAAAAACAAAUAUGAAAUAA